AUGAUAUCCUUCCCUUCUUACUCAUGGCAAUCCUCACUCAUCCAAAAGACAACUUCUCGACGCCCAAGGGACGACGCAGACCCGUCUCACGGACGCGCAGCAACAGCCAUAACUCCUCGCCUCUAUCUCACCGAUUACCACACCGCUCGCACACCAGACAACCUCGCACGCCUCGGCAUCACACACGUCGUAUCUGCUAUCGAAUUUGAUAUCACGGGCGUAUUUCCACCGCACAUCCAGGUCCUCCACGUUCCCGUGCAUGACUCAGCCGAAGAGCAUAUUAGCAGAUGGUUCGAUCCCGUCGUGGAGUUUAUCAAGGAGGCACUGGAUAAGGAAGACACGAAAGUCUUGGUCCACUGUUUCCAGGGGAUCUCGAGAUCACCGAUCUUGAUUUGCGCUUAUCUCGUCGCAACAACACCAAUGCACGCUUUGGAGACCAUCAAGCAUGUCCAAGCAAAGCGUGGAAUAGUUGCGCCAAACAUUGGGUUUCGCAGACAACUUAUCAUAUGGGGUCGCCAGUUUGAAGAGGCCAAGAUUCGUGCCAAUAAGGAGCACCGCAGAGAGAGGCGGAGUGUAGGUGGUGUAUCGGAGUUGCUAGCCAAAAUGGUGAAACGGUCCAAGUCUGCACCUAUACCUGCAGCACCACUAGUUGUGCAUGGGGAUCUACAGGAAGUGUCUACCAAAGGCUCAAAGGUAGCCUCCCUAAUGGAGGCAAAGACUGUGCUAGGAACCCUUCGCAAGACAAAAGAGGCAGACAACUGA